CUGCCUCCUUCUCUCUUCCCCCUCCCCCCCCUUCUCUCUCUCUUUACUUAUUCAUAUAUAUUGUGAGCUUCAGUUGUUCCUCGUUCGGCUCAGAGUGACACUCUUAUUUAUCGAAAAAUAAAGAAUAUGGGUUUGCAAGAUCCCCACCCCUUCAACUUCGUGGACCUCAAGGACAAGAACCUACAGGUGGACGGAAAAACUCUGGUUCUGGCCGCCAUUUUCCUGCUCCUGCUCGUCGUCUCCAUCGUCUCCUUCCUCUACUUCCUCUACGUGUGCAUCCACCGGAGCCGGCUGGCGGCGGUGAGGCCGGCCAGCGGUGCGGAGGCGGCGGAGGCCGGGCCACGGAAGGGGCUGGAAAUGGCGGCCAUCAACUGCCUCCCGAUUGAGUCCUAUGGGUCGGGCGGAGGCGGGUGUCGGGUCGGGUACUGCUCCAUUUGUCUCGGCGGGUUCCAGGACGGCGAGAAAGUGAAGGUGCUGCCGCUGUGCCACCACGGUUUCCACUCCGAGUGCGUCGACAAGUGGCUGCUGAAGGCGGCGACUUGCCCGCUUUGCCGAUCGGUGGUGGUCAGAGUCGACUCAGUGACUCAGUUGGACCCGGACAUUCCGUAAGGGCUUAGUUUGAAGAGUCCGAAGGUUGAGUUGGAUUUGGAUUCGGAGGAUUUGUUUUUAGAAAUCCAAAUCCAAGUAGGAUUAAAAAUUGGGCGCUCAGAAUUUUAAUGUGGAAUUUUUUUGUGAAAAUAAUGUGAUAGGCUGAGGCUGAUAGUAAAUUAGUAAUCACUUUGAAAUUUGAAUUAAAAAAUGAUGUUAAUAUUCUUGGCUCGACUGGAGGACCAAACAAAAUUAACAACAAAACUACGCUUCUACGGUGCCUAAACAGAACCCA